GAAAGCAAUAACAACUUUGAAGAUAGUAAUGAUGAUCUUGAAAAUUAUGAUAAUAACUUUUCAAUUAAUGAUGACAGUCUAUUUACUCAAAAAAUAGCAGAUAAGCCUGCAUCCUUUGAGCUAUUUUAUGGCGAAUAUGGUUCAUACUUCCCUAAUUUUACUGAACAAAUACUUUUUCUAUAG